GACUCGAGAGAGAGAGAGAGAGAGAGAGAGAGGGAAAGGGGAAGUGGGGAAAGGGAAAAAGAAGAGUGCCAGUGAGGCCAGUAUAGUGUGCAAAGUUACAGGCCGGGCGGGACUAAUCUUCUGGAGCAGUAGCGUACAAGAAAACUUCCAUUCCUGCAACUUUCCUUUUCAAAGCCUCUUAAUUUCUCAAGAUUUUCCAAUAUCUUACCUGAUGUUGGGAGUUUGAAGUUUCCAUUUCCGAUCAGGGAAUCAAUUCUUCAAUUCAGAGCUCUUAAGUUUUUGUUUUUAGUUUAUAUAAUAUAAUAUAAAAUGGCGGCCGAUGGAGCAUUCUCGUUUUCCGUUGUGUCCGUGGUGGAGGAUGUUCUUCAGCAGCACGGGACCCGAUCGCGGGGUCUCGAUUUGGACGCCCGUCGAGCCGAAGAAGCCGCAAUAAGGAGAUAUGAAGCAGCGGCGUGGCUGAGGAAGAUGGUGGGAGUGGUGGGGGCAAAGGAUUUGCCAGCAGAGCCCUCUGAGGAAGAGUUCAGGCUGGGGUUAAGGAGUGGAAUUGUUCUAUGCAAUGUGCUUAAUAAGAUUCAACCUGGAGCUGUUCCCAAGGUGGUUGAAAGCCCUAGUGAUGCUGCAUUGCUCCCUGAUGGGGCAGCUUUGUCUGCAUAUCAAUACUUUGAGAAUGUCAGGAACUUUCUGGUGGCAGUGCAAGAAGUAGGAAUUCCCACUUUUGAGGCAUCUGAUCUUGAGCAAGGUGGGGCACCUUCUAGGAUUGUCAACUGUGUUUUGGGUCUCAAAUCAUACAGCGAAUGGAAGCAGUCAGGCGGCAUUGGUGUCUGGAAAUUCGGUGGAAAUGUAAAACCCACCACCACAUGUGCUAAACAACUGACCCGCAAAAAUUCUGAGCCGUUUAUGAGCUCAUCUUCUUCAAGGAAUCUGCUGAUGAAUGAGAAAUCUCUGAGUGGUGCAGGAACUGAGACUGAAACUAAUAGAAUGCCUAGCUCUUCGUUGAGCAUGCUUGUUCGUGCAGUUCUUCUAGAUAAGAAGCCUGAGGAGGUUCCAAAUCUUGUGGAGUCAGUGUUGAGCAAAGUUGUCGAGGAGUUUGAGCUUCGCAUUGCAAGCCAAAACGAUGUGCAAAGGCGAGCAACUCUCAAGGAUUCAAUUAUUUCUCAUGUUAACAAGCCAAUUACUAAACAAACUGCUGGGAUCACCAAGGUUGAACAAAGAAACAUUAAUGUAAUGAAAAAAGAGGUUUUUCAGAAGAACAACAAUAUCAUUGAUGAAGAACUUCAAAGAAGAUGUCUUAAACAGCAAAUGGUUGUUGAUGAACAGGAAAAAGGUCUUAAGGAGUUGAAACAAACUCUUUCCACUACAAAAGCAGGUGUACAGUUCAUGCAAAUGAAGUUUGAUGAGGAAAUCCACAACAUAGGUCUGCACAUACACGGCUUAGCUCAUGCAGCUUCAGGUUAUCAUAGAGUUCUUGAGGAAAACCGCAAGCUUUACAAUCAAGUCCAGGACCUUAAAGGAAGCAUAAGAGUUUACUGUAGAGUAAGGCCUUUCUUGCAUGGGCAAUCAAGCUAUUUGAGUGCCGUAGAUCAGAUUGAAGAUGGUACAAUUACAAUUAACACUCCAUCCAAGCAUGGGAAAGGACAUCGGUCUUUCAAUUUCAACAAAGUAUUUGGACCAUCUGCCACUCAAGGGGAGGUGUUUUCAGACACACAGCCACUGAUUAGAUCAGUCCUUGAUGGUUACAAUGUCUGCAUUUUUGCAUAUGGCCAAACAGGAUCAGGGAAAACAUAUACCAUGUCUGGACCGAAGGAUCUCACAGAACAAAGCCAAGGGGUAAACUAUAGGGCGUUGGGCGAUCUAUUCCUUCUUGCAGAGCAAAGAAAGGACACUUUCCACUAUGAUGUGUUUGUUCAGAUGAUUGAGAUAUAUAAUGAGCAAGUUAGAGACCUCCUUGUUACUGAUGGUUUGAACAAAAGAUUAGAAAUCCGCAGUUCCUCUCAGGGACUCACUGUGCCAGAUGCUAGUGUGGUUCGUGUGACUUCAACUUCAGAUGUUAUUGAUCUGAUGAACCUAGGACAAAGGAAUCGUGCAGUAGGGGCAACGGCACUAAAUGAUCGAAGCAGCCGCUCUCACAGUUGCUUAACUGUUCAUGUUCGCGGGCAAGACCUGACUUCUGGAACGAUUCUUCGUGGUUGCAUGCAUUUGGUUGAUCUUGCUGGAAGUGAGAGGGUCGAUAAGUCUGAAGUCACCGGAGAUAGACUAAAGGAGGCACAGCACAUUAAUAAAUCUCUUUCUGCUCUCGGUGAUGUAAUAUCUGCCCUUGCUCAGAAGAACGCACAUGUCCCUUACAGGAACAGCAAGCUUACACAAUUGCUUCAGGACUCCCUCGGUGGACAGGCCAAGACACUGAUGUUUGUCCACAUAAGCCCCGAGCCUGAUGCCAUUGGAGAAACAAUCAGUACGCUUAAAUUUGCUGAGAGAGUGGCUGCUGUGGAACUUGGUGCUGCAAGAGUAAACAAAGAUUCUGCAGAUGUAAAAGAGCUUAAAGAACAGAUAUCUGUUCUGAAAGCUGCGCUAGCGAAGAAAGAAGCAGAACCAGUCUCCAUUCAACAUAAGCUUCAGAGCAGCCCACAUAUCAUGCAGCCAUCAUCUUUCCAAACUAAUUUACAUGGCAAAGAUACACUGGCAAGUUCAAACAACCAGAGGAAACCGAUGGGCGAAGUAGAUUGCAUUGAGGUGAACAAGAAGCCUGCAUUAAGGGAAAAGAGGCAAAGCUUUGAUCUUGAUGAGUUACUAGGAAAUUCCCCUCCAUGGCCACCGGUCAGCAGUCCCGGUGAGAACUAUAGAGAAGAUAAUAAGCUUGUUAGCUCGGGCGAGUGGGUAGACAAGGUCAUGGUGAACAAACAAGAACCCAUGCAAAGAAUGGAAAGCCCCUUUGGCUGUUGGGAGUCUGAAAUGGGCAACAUGUCUGACAUUUUUUACCAGAAAUACCUCACAGACUCCUUCAAAUCGCUCCCAAAAAAAUCGUGUAACCUGUUCCCUGACAGCAACCAUUUUGACAUCACGGCUGCUGAUGAUCUGGAUGAACUCGAUGCUGCAACGAGCGAUUCAUCUGAACCAGAUUUGCUUUGGCAGUUCAACCAUUCCAAAUUGGGCAGUUUUGGCAAUGGCAUGGUAUCAAAUGUCCCAAAACCAAACAUGAAACCAAUGAAGAGUCCAGAACCUAGAACCAAGCCUAACAAAACAGGCCCUUCACACUCAAGAAAGCCUAGCGGUGGAAGUGGUCACAAUCCUCAACGCGGUGGAAGGCAGGCCAUUCCUGCUGAACUGAACCGUAAAGCUGGAAACAGGAAGUAGAUAAAAAAGUGUUUAGAGAAUGUGAGAAAAACUGUUUCUGAUUCUUUUAUUUGUUCCCUUGUUUUUAAUUGGGGAGUGAGAGAGAGAUAGAGAGGUUUGUGUAGAGCUUUUUCUGGCAUUUUUUCUGCUGUCCCACUUUAUUUUCUUUGUUCCUAUUGCUUACAUACUCAUACCUGUGAGUACAGCAACCCACCCCCCAGUUGCCUGUAGGUUUGCUGUAUAAUUUUUGAGUGUUUCCCUUCCUUCCUUGAAGAUAACCAGUGUGCAGAAAAGGUAAUUACCAGUGUAGUGUAUACCAUGUUUCAAAAACAAUGACAUGUAAAUUUCCACAUACAUACAAGUAUGAUGAUUUUCUUUCUUACCCUUUC